GUGAAUGGCUAAUUUUGCCGCCUCGGUCUGCCCUAACAAACAGCUGUAAAAAGCGAAGUGUUCUUUAAACUAUAAUUUAAUUAUAUACAUAUACUUUUGUCAAAAUGAUGGCAAUGCCUGAUUCGGAUUCGGAGGAUGAGUUGCCGCCUGGCUGGGAAGAACGUGCCAACGACGAUGGUGUCGUUUGCUAUGUCAAUCAACAAAGUAAGACAACACAGUGGACACAUCCGCGAACUGGACGCUCAAAACGGAUUACUGGCGAUCUGCCGCUGGGUUGGAAAAAAUACUACGAUGAGGAAAGUAAACGUUUUAUGUUUCACAACAAGGAAACAAAUCAGCGAACAAAUAUUGAUCCACGUCUGGCAUUUGCUGCGGAGGAACCGACACUAAAUAUCACUCAAGUGCGUCAGCGUUUCGAUUCGUGUAGCACGGCGUUGCAGAUAUUGCAUGGAAAAGAUUUGCAUGGCCGUUUGGCGCUCAUUACGGGAGCCAACUGUGGCAUCGGUUUUGAGACGGCCCGUUCAUUAGCUCUACACGGCUGCGACAUAAUUUUUGCGUGCCGUAAUCCAAGCUCAGCAGCGGAGGCCAUUGAACGCAUUGCUCAGGAGCGUCCAACAGCCGGUGCCAGGUGUCGUUCAGUCGCCUUGGAUUUGGGUUCACUGCGCGCUGUGCAGCAAUUUGUAGCGGAAAUUAAGCGGAGCGUUGGUCACGUCGACUAUCUUAUAUUGAACGCUGGCGUCUUUGCCUUGCCACAUACCAAAACUGUCGAUGGACUCGAGACAACAUUCCAAGUAUCCCAUUUAUCGCAUUUCUAUUUAACGCUGCAACUGGAAUCACUAUUUGAUCAUCGUACGCGUAUUGUUGUACUUUCAUCGGAAUCGCACAGAUUUGCCAAUCUGCCAGUGGAGAAUUUAACGGUACAGCAUUUGUCACCGCCAGCAGAAAAGUAUUGGAGCAUGAUGGCUUAUAACAAUGCAAAGCUGUGCAACGUCUUGUUCACCCAGGAGUUGGCAGAACGGUGGAAGCAGCGGGGCAUAUCUGUUUUUUCGGUGCAUCCUGGGAAUAUGGUUUCCACGCAGCUGUCACGUAAUUAUUGGUUUUAUCGAUUGUUAUUUGCGGUUGUGCGACCCUUUACCAAGUCCCUGCAACAAGCAGCUGCGACGAGUGUUUACUGUGCCACAGCCAAUGAGUUAACCGGAUUGUCAGGAUUGUAUUUUAACAACUGUUACUUCUGUGACCCAAGCAAAUUGUCCAGGAGCGGUGCACUGCAGCAGCAGCUGUGGGCGCUUAGUGAACGGCUGAUACAGGAGCUGUUAAUGGAGCAUCCAACACAAUAAUAUACUAAAUUUG